CUGUCAAACAGCCAUCCUAAGAUGACAAACAGGCGAGCGGACAGAUCGCGAUCAUGAGCUGCUCUCUUCACCCCAUUACAGCCGCGACACGUUCAGCGCGUUUGGCCCGAAUCUGACGGAUCGCCCCGCCGCAACAGCAGCAGCCUCUUAUGGACGCCGAGCGGAGCACAGCCGCUGUGUGCAGCUGAAACAGCAGAGCCCUCCACUCCACACGCAUGGAUUUGCCCACGGGGGAACUUCUUCUCAGCGCCUGAUCGUCUUUUCCCCCGUUUUGUCGCACAUAGCAGCCUCGCCCUAUCUCCCCCAUGAAAAACACUCUCUGGAGCGGUGUGAUGAUGUCGAGCAAAAGCGCGGAAUGGCUGCAGGAUGAGCUGCAGUCCGGCGGCGGCUCGCUGCUGCUGCUCGACUGUCGAUCGCACGAACUCUUCGAGUCCUCGCACAUCGAGUCCGCCAUCAACCUGGCCAUCCCGGGACUCAUGCUGCGGAGGCUGAAGAAGGGCAACUUGCCCAUCCGCUCCAUCAUCCCCAAUAACGAGGACAAGGAGAAGUUCGUCAAGCGCUGUAAAACGGACACGGUGGUGCUGUACGACGAGGCGACGGCGGACUGGCAGGAGAGCGGAGCCGCGGGCUCCGUGCUGGGGCUCCUCAUGCACAAGCUGCGGGACGACGGAUGUAAAGCCUAUUACCUGGAAGGAGGAUUUAACAAGUUUCAGACUGAAUACCCAGAGCACUGCGAGACGAACCUGGACUGCUCCUGUCCGAGCAGCUCUCCGCCCUCGUCUGUUCUGGGUCUCGGUGGACUGCGGAUCAGUUCGGACUGUUCUGACGGAGAGUCGGACCGGGAACCAGGCAGUGCCACGGAGUCCGAGGGCAGCCCGCUGCCCAAUAACCAACCAGCAUUCCCAGUCCAAAUUUUACCCUAUCUUUACCUGGGCUGUGCCAAAGACUCCACCAACUUGGACGUUCUGGGCAAGUACAACAUCAAGUACAUCCUGAACGUAACUCCCAACCUGCCCAACAUGUUUGAACACGAUGGGGAAUUCAAGUACAAGCAAAUUCCCAUCUCUGAUCACUGGAGCCAAAACUUAUCUCAGUUUUUCCCUGAAGCCAUUUCUUUCAUAGAUGAAGCUCGUUCCAAAAAGUGUGGCAUCUUGGUGCACUGCCUAGCAGGCAUCAGUCGCUCGGUCACGGUCACGGUGGCGUACCUGAUGCAGAAGCUCAACCUGUCGCUCAACGACGCCUACGAUUUCGUCAAGCGCAAGAAGUCCAACAUCUCGCCCAACUUCAACUUCAUGGGGCAGCUUUUGGACUUUGAGAGGACACUGGGGCUCAACAGUCCCUGCGACAACCGCUCGCCCAACGACCAGCUCUUCUUCACCACGCCGACCAAUCACAACAUGUUCCAGCUGGACACGCUGGAGUCCACAUGAAGGCCAGCAGAGGAAGCUGGGUGGGAGCAGCCACCCUUUGAAUGUUUAUCUCCCAUCUCCAGGGGAGUUUUUGACCUGGAGGACAGGCCAGCAGCCGUGGCGAAGGGAGGGACGGAGGGUGGUUAAGCACACGGGGCCCCUCUCAAGCCCUCGCAGCUAUUCCGGUGGAUUUUAAUGCAGCUUUUCUUGCCUUUAUGGAACAGACUGUUCUUUUUUUGUCACGGUUUGAUACACGAGAAGAAACGCGAGACUUUUGCACAGCGCUUCGCUCGCAGAGAAGGAAGCUUUGACUGCUGUGCGAUGCCUUCAACCUCCCGUUUCAAAGGGUGCCAACGUACUGCCUGGGAUUUUGCUUUUCUAACCGGAGGAGAAUGUAGGAUUGGAUCGGUUCUCUUCUCCGAGCAAAGACAGAAGUGGCAUCACGGAGGUGCACAACACAUACAUGCAGUCUGUCUGUUUCUAUAUCUUUGUAUAUUUCCUCUCAGAUGAAAUGCGCAGAACCAUGUUGUCCAAAGUAGUGACGGUCUUGGUGACCGAACCGACACAAAAAAACAUUGUGAGCCCUCCCCCUCUUUAUUUUCUCUCUCUCUUUCUCCCUCUCUUUCUUUCUCUCUCUUUCUCUGUCUCUCGCUCUACGUUUGCAAUGACCUAAUGCGUUUUGCACAGUGGUGAAGCCUUUCACUUCUUGGCACUUAAAAGCGGUACUCCAACACACACAGAAAGACACAUUCAGAGGUCCUGCGGCGCUGCCAGUCCUAGGCUGCGACGAGGCCGCGCAGCUGCGUGGGGCGCUCGGGACGACGCGCGCACUUAAAGCUCAUUGUUCCUUAACUGCAAACGACAGAUUGACGUUUGUGUCCUAGCCACGAGUCCCGACUUCCGGGCUCGCUCACCUUCUGGCCUUGGUGAUUCUCAUUACAGUAUGAAUAUAUUGUAUUAGUUUCUACAUAAGAGUAUAUCUAUUCACUCGAUGUAUUUGGGCAUGCGAUCCUCUCGAUGCGUGGCACGUCACUGAAUGUUGAGGACUGUUUUUUUAACUACUCUUGCUGCUCCUUCGCGUGGCGACCGGGGCAGCAAACAGUGUGUAGCGAGGGCGUUCCUGACCGCGGGAACGAGCGACUGGACCCGAGCGGACGAGUGCUUGAGUUAACAGGGUUGCUUUAAGCUGGCCUUAUAUAACCUUUUUAAUUCUUUCCUACUCUGACUGUUCAAUACUCUUUGUAUUUCACUUUAGAAAAUUCGUUGUAUUAAGAAGACGUUUGUUCAUUUUUAAAGAAACCGAUAUGUAGUAAUAAUAAUAGACGACUAAUGGUCUUUAACGGGUCAGUCAAGGUUGUAUUUGUUACUCUGCAAUAUACUCAACAACCCUUUGCAGUAUUUUCUAGAAAAUGGCCUCGGGUUUUUGACUCCUCUACUUUUGAUACUAGAGAUCCACAGAAAUAUAGCUUCGUGAGCUUGAAACGGAGGCAGCUUUUCACCCGGGGUGUCCGAAGUGCAUCUCACGCUGGGUGCUGGGCAUUCGCUCGCGUUUCAUCAGAUUCGAUUUAAACCACGGAUUUCCGUAAUAUACAAUAUAUGUGCUAUAUACUGACUCCUGUGGCCUUUUCAUGUAUUUCAAUAUAUAAAUAUAUUUAUAUAUAUGUAAUAUUCAUCUUGUGCAGAUAUGCAACAGUCGUCCCCUUAAUAUAUCAUCGCGGAUGACUUUUUCUCAUGCUUGAAACGACCCAGUCACAAUAACAACACGGCGCUCUCGCGUCACCCCGGGACAGAAAAGCGCUUCAUUUCACAGCUUCUUUAUUUACUUGUACAUCUUGAUUUCGAGCUGCUUCUUGUGGAGGAAUGUUUGUAUCUGUAACCAUGGGAAAGAGAAAUCGUUAAUGUUUUUCUCUGUUUGUAUAUUGCCAGAACACAGGAACACGGCUUUCUGUGGACAUUUCUUGUAGCUACAUAACGGUUCUGCGAUUAAUAACAGUAAGAAUGAAAGAGAGCGACACACAGGAACUAGAUGAGUGAAUAAGGAAAUGUAUAUCUUACCUCACCGAGGAAUUUUUCAGGGAUUUUUAUUUGACAAUGCGUCGGCAUCGUGUUACAGCUUCAAAUGUCAAAGAGCUGUUUUAUAUGUGCUGUAUACAUUUUUUAAAAGAUACAAUCUAUAUAUGUGUAUAAUACUGGGCUUGGUAACCGGGCAGUUAAAUUUUCUGGUUUAUGAAGGAUAUAAAAUUGUCCCUAUGUAUUGUAUAGUAUAUGAAAACCAAUACAAGACUUGUUUGUACUGCAAAUAAAUAUUGAAUUAUUUUUUUGGUUA